UGGACAAGCUAUGGAUCAACUUCAUUCAAGAUUUUGUGUGUGUUCUUUUUUUUGAAACACACACGCGCGCACACAGACGAGCAGUCACAAACCGUGGCAGUCAGGGACACUGGCUGUUGCUUAAAAUUGGGACAACAUCCCUCAGUGCCACAUGUUUCCUAUUUACCUCUCUCUCUCUCUUUCUCUCGACAUCUAUCUAUUUAUGAUAGGCGACUAAGUUAAGAGACUUUGCGGUUCCAAAAAAAAGUUUGCAGAGUUACUUUGUUGUGGUUUGAAGACAUCACGAUGGUGUCCCCGUUGCUGAUACUCACCCUCCUCGCAGGUUGCGUGUUCAACAGGGCUCGAACAUGCCAAUUCCCUACCGACUGGAGACCGCUGAGCGAGGGUUGCAGGGCAGAGCUAGCCGAGAUCAUAGUCUUCGCCAAAGUGCUGGCCAUCCACCAGGACAUCUAUAGCGUCUAUAACUACCUGCCCUGGCAAUACGAGACAAGCCUCUUCUACUCGGCUGAGGUGGAGAUGCUCUGCGACCAGGCUUGGGGAAGCAUGUUGGAACUGCCCGCCGGAUCCAGGUUCAAUCUCACCGGCCUCGGCUACUUCUCCUGUCAGUCCCACACCGUCAUGGAGAACAACAGCUAUUUCUUAUUCCUCAGGAUGGAUGACAAUUAUAACAUUCUCCCACACGGGGUGAAUUUUCAGGACGCCAUAUUCCCGGACACGACGGAGAACAGAAAGAUGUUUUCGAGUCUCUUCCAGUUCGCUAAUUGCACACAUGGGCAACAGCUCCAAACAUUCACCGUGGACUGGGAGAUUCAGGAAGACCACAGGCUCAUGUGCUCCACGAUACAGAAGGCUCUGUUCGAAGAGGAAGAUCGGGUGAAGAAGCUGCAGAGGAAAGUGGCCUCGCUCGAGAGGCGUAACGGGGCGCUGAAGGACAAGGUCAAGCGGAUCAAGAGGACCCUGCGCAACGUCAAGAAGAACAGCAAACGUGUGGAGCAACUCAACAAGCGGCUGCUGGAGAAAGCCUCCAUGAGCGGCAACCAAAGCCCACACUACUCCAAGCCAGACUCCAGCGGGACUCUCCUCAAAGUGUAGCCAACCGUGUCACUCCCCAACUGUUCCUUCUGUCUCCUCUGCAAAUUCACCCCCCC